ACAUCAGCACCAUUCCGCUCUCUCUUCCACAUGUGAAUUUUACUUCACUCUCUGUUCUUGAUCUUUAUGGGAAUUACAUUAUUCGACGAUGCCUGGUUGGUUGUUCAACAUAAGUAGCCUUGAGUACCUUGAUCUAGGCUUCAAUGAUAUUCGGUGCAUCAUUCCGCCUGCAAUUAAGAAUCUAGCUUCGCUCGAGUUUCUUGCUUUAUCCGGUAAUCGGUUUCUCGAAGGUAAAAUCCCGGCUGCACUUGGGGGUCUUUGCAAGCUGCAGUAUUUGGGAUUUUCAUUCAUGAAUAUCAGCAAAAAUUUGCAUGAACUUGAUGAUGUGUUUACGGGAUGCAUCAAAAACAGCUUAGAGACUCUGGAGAUGGGGUAUACCCAGCUGAGCGGUUAUUUGCCGGGCUGGUUGGGGGACUUCAGAAUGCUCAAAGCUCUCGAUUUGAGUGACAACUCAAUUUCUGGUCCCCUUUCUUCAUCAAUUGGAAGACUGUCAGCACUUCAAGAAUUAUAUCUCAGCUCGAACUUUUUGGAGGGUGUCAUCUCUGGAGAAUACUUUGCCAAUUUCACCAAAUUGAAAUAUCUAGAUUUGUCAGACAACCAAUUAAUUCUGAAUCUGACGUCUGAUUGGAUCCCCCCUUUCCAGCUUCAAGCGUUACGCAUUGGUUCUUGCAAGCUGGGACCACAAUUCCCUUCAUGGCUCCAGACACAAAAAAAUAUUUCCGAUCUAGACUUGUCUAGCAAUGGAAUUUCAGGCACUCUGCCAGAUUGGUUUUGGAGGUCAUUUUUCCAGCAUAUAAAUUUCUUGAAUAUCUCCAACAAUGGAAUCACUGGUCCUUUGCCAAAUUUUUAUUCUGUUGCUAUGCUGGAACUAGACUUAUCAAACAAUUCAUUUUCAGGAAUGAUUCAUCCUGGUAUUGCAAAAGUAUGCCCAAUUAGAUCACUGAAAAGAUCGGUUGCAUUGCAACAGUUGGAGUCACUUGACUUAUCAAGAAACAACUUUUAUGGUGGAAUUCCUUCAAGCAUGAUUGCGCUAACUUUUUUGAGUCACUUAAACUUAUCAUAUAACAACUUGUCAGGAAGAGUUCCAUCAGGUAAUCAAUUUCAGACCUUCACCGACCCAUCUAUCUAUGCUGGUAAUCCUGGUCUUUGCGGGUUCCCAUUAGCUCAAAAGUGCAAUGAUGACGAGACAAAUCAAGAUCCAAAUGUUGUUGGAGGAGAUGAAGAAGGAUCUGAAAUCGAGUGGUUGUAUAUGAGCAUGGGGCUAGGAUUUGCAGUCGGUUUAUGGGCCGUUUUUGGUCCAUUAUUAUUCAACAGAAAAUGGAGAGAAGCCUAUUUUCGACUUAUAGAUCAAGUUUAUGAUAUGGUUUACGUGGCCCUCGUAGUGACAUUCAAUAGGUUUAAAGAGCACAAUGCUGCAGCAUGAUUGUUUAUGAUAUGGUCUACAUAAACUUUUUUUCUUUUUUCUGUUUUUUUAAAGUGCUUGUAAAAAUAUUCAAAAUAAAUUAUUUGUACUCAAACUCUAGUUUCACACAUGGAACCCUAUACCUGUACUACUCUAAUAAAAUAACAAAGUUCAAACUAACACACUAACUUAAUCAAGAGAGAAUUGCUAAUUAUGGUUUGAAGGUCAAGUCAUAUGUCAUGCUUAAAUUAUUUGAGCUUAGAGGACUAAACUCAUGUGAAUGUGCUCUGCAGAUCAAGCAUGAACUUAUUUGAAUUUGAAAUGGUUUGAGCUCGGAAGAUUGCACUUAUAGGCGCAGGAGACUACACGUAAUUUAUUUAGUUAGCAAAUUAAGGAAUUAGAACUUUGCUUAUUCUUGAUAUGUUAUGAAGUUGGCUCCAUCUCCAAGCUUUGCUCGAUCUAUGAGCUCACAAGCUUUUUCAUCUGUUACACUAUGUGAGUUGUCACAUAUGAUAGGUCAUCUUCCAAAAUAAAACAAAUAGGUUAUCUCAUUGAUUUGGCAUCUUGA